CAAAUGUAGCUUCAUUUCAACUUAAUAAAAGAACUACUGAAUUCAACCCUUGUCCUUAUGAUCCUGAUUUGGUCCUAAUUAAUGUAGUAAUAGCCCCUGACCCUCUUGUUGGUAAAAGUACCGCAGAUUUUAAAGUAUCCGGAACAUUAAACCAUGAAGUCAUCGCAAGACAAGCCGCUCUUGAAAUUGCAUUUGAUGACGCAGUCAC